AUGGUGCUUCUAAAGCCGUCGACUCUUUCCAUCAGCCACUUAAAAUGGGACGAGUUUCGGUGCAGUAUCAUUGAUCAAGAUGCCGCCGUCUUCAUGAUGCGGUCUGAACCCUCUAUUAAGCUCUCCCCUUUGGCGGCGGCAGUAUUGCUAAGGUCAAAGGCAAUUCGCAGGUCAGAGAUAGAACUUGUCAAGCGUCAGGUUUAUGAUAUCGAGCCCGCAGAAGAGCCCGUUCCUUUGAUAGAGUCCGGGUCUGCCCUUGUUGGUGUAAAGUCGGUCAGCAAAAGUUUGAUCAAAGCUAUUGUCAAGCCAACAGUAUCGCAUAUCUCGGAUGCUUACAAUUCGCGCGAGGUCAGCACUCAGCAAAGAACACAAGAAAACGGAACGUCCGCCCGCGAAAGCGGUAAGUUUAAAUCAUCAAAGUCAGAUGUUGCUGUGAAGGUUGCGAAGAUCAUGGGAUUCGGAUCGGCAGUGUUUUGUGGAAAGGUUGCAGCUUUACCAUUCAAAACGGUAUGGUAUAUGGGUGAAACCGCGUCUUAUGGAAUACGGAGUCUGCAAGGCUUGGAGCGUCAUCAGGGACGUGUAUUGAAGGCCAUUGAAGAGGCUGAAACAAAAUAUCCUCAAGGAUCCAUAAGAGGUUAUUUGGCAAAUAAUAUGGAAACAACCGGAUGCUAA